AGUUUACCCGAGGUUAUCGUAAAAGUAAGGACACUUUAGUUUCUGAGUUCGUUGUCUUAUGUAUUUAUUAAUUAAUUUUCGACUUAUAAAGCCAAAUAAACAUUAAGGAUAUUUGAAACUCCUAAAUGUAGACUGCCAGUAAUACUACAAUGGUACAACUAAAUGUACAAAGCUAGGAAGUUACUUAUAGCCUUUUGUGUAUUUGUUUUGACUAAUGCUUCCUUUUCGGUUUUCAUUUGACAGCUCCUGCCGAGAUGCGCUUAAAAGAAAGGCGUGAUGAGCCUCACCGAGGUGGGAGGAAAUAUCGUUCCAGAUCCCGUUCUAGAUCUUACUCCAAUUCUAGACAAAAGGGGGUCGAACCGUACUAUCGUGGUCGUCCUAAUGACCGUCGAGAUGAUUCGCGAAGGCGGGUAAACAAUGUGCGUCCCAAUCGAUCGGCUUCAAGAUCAAGGUCUCCCACUAGGUCGCGGUCUGCAAGUCAUGAUGGGAUGGAUAAUGGUGAUGAAGUACGUAAGGGCAGUCGUCGCAACGAUCGCAGAGAUAACCGUGCUGUCUCUAGAAGUCCUGCACAUAGGCGUGGUUCUUUAUCACGAUCUCGUUCCGGUUCAUAUUAG